GAACGAUUAAGAACGAGAAUGAUAAGUCAGGUUAGAACCCCACAAGAAUAAUCUUGAUAAGUUCUGUAAAGUUCUGAAUCGAACCAAAGAGAAAAGUCUCUCAAAAUCUCAGAUUCAAUAGCCUCCCAAUUAGGGUUACAAGCCCCUUAAAUAGGGAAAAGUAAUUCUGAUGGGAAUCAAGACGACAGCAUAUCUACUACGUCAUGUGAUCCAUUACACACCCAAGGAGGUCCAGUCACGCGAGCUAGAGUUAGGAAGAUGCGAGAAGCUUUAAAUGGCCCUAUUGAGCAGAUCUGGGUUGAUAACAACAUGCAAGAAGUAAAUCGAAGCUUGGAUGAUUAUCAAGGCCUGACAAACGUCAUUCAGAACCUAGCGCUUGGGGUCGAUGAACUAGGCGUUGGGUUCAUCGGGUUCCAAGGAACCUCAAGCCUAGGUUUGAUGAACCCAGUGUUGGGUUCUUGGAACCCAGGGCCUGGGAUUGUCCGAACCCAAAGCCGAGUUCUAAGGAACCAAGGCUCUGGGUUCCAAGGAACCCCAAGCCUCAGUUCGUCUGAACCUAGAGUCGGGUUCCAAGGAACCCAAGCUCUGGGUUCCAGGGAACCCCGAGCCUUGCUUCGUCCGAACCCAAAGCCGGGUUGGAACCUCGAGCCUGGGUUUGAUGAACCCAAGUGUCAGGUUCCAAGGAACCCAGCGUGAUGCGAAUCGAGAUGACCCCACAUGUACCACGUCAAGAGAGCCAUUACAUAUUCCAGGAGGUCCAGUCACGAGAGCUAGAGCUAAGAAGAUGCGAGAAGCUUUUAGAUGGCCUUAUUGAGCAGAUCUGGGUUGAUAUCAACAUGCACAAGUAAAUCAAAGCUUGGAUGAUUU